UAACCCAAAUCAGAAUUGAUUAUUUUUUAUCAAAAUUAAACAUACUUUUCUAAUUAUUAUGAAUACACAAAAACACAAGCAACAAAAAUUAUGUAAACAAAAGCUGAUUUAAACUAAGUAGCUAAGAUAAUCGGAUUAAAUUGAAUUGUUAAUUUUAAUGGAUGGAAGUUAUUAAAAUUAGCCUGACUUAUCUACAAUCAAUUGUAUUAAGCUAUUCUUAGAUCAUUUUAAUGGGUUAUUUUAAUAACAAUUUAACCCUCUUCUCACAUACUCUGUAAGUUUUUUGUUUCAAUGCGUUUUUUGGUUUUCUGGUUAACUAUAUAAACUCAUAUUUUGCUUCGAGUAUUUAAAUCGACAUUGGUUAAUAUCUAUUAUGAUGGUUAGCUGUACAAAGUUUGCAUUCUUAAUGACAAUUUACGCAAGCUAUGCUCUUUUACUGGCUCAAGCGGAGGAUUUAAGACGAUUAAAAUCAGACAGUGACCAAGUUGAGGACAUUACUCGUUCGGAAAUUGAUGAUUUUGCAAUUGAUAUUGAUGAAUAUAAUGAACGCUCAUCAAGUGAUAUUGAUGGUCAGCUACGGUUACGAUAUCGUAUGAUUGCGUCGUGGGAAGCGGAACGAAGAGAGGCAAGGCGAUCAAUGAGUGGACCAACAUUACCUCAAAGUGAAAGGUUGGCUGAUGAUAGGAGUGAAUCUACUCGCUAUGGUUCCAUUGAACGAUCAGUUGACCGACAGGUUGAACGAUUAGAGGAUCGUGAAGAUAGAGUUCGAUCAACUGAAGACAGUGACAGACUAUCAGCUGACCGACAAGUUGAACGUGAAGAGAACCGUGAAGAUAGGAGUCGAUCAACUGUAGAAAGUGAAAGACUAUCAGUUGACCGAGAGGUUGAACGAUUGGAGGACCGUGAAGAUAGGACUCGAUCAAAUGUAGACAGUGACAGACGUGAUGGUGUUUUUGACAGAAGAGAGUCAAGACGGGAAUCAAGGGAAGAAACAAGUGAACGUCGAGUUACAUCUAGACGUGAGUCCAGAGGUGAAUUUGAACGUGAAUCCAGGGAUGUAUCCAGAAGGGAAGCUAGAAGGGAAGAUGCAAGUGAAAACCGAAGUGAAGAUCGUGAAUCUCGGCAAGACUCUGAACGGCAAAUCAGAACACAGAUGGAUGAAGAUAAUGUUCGAGCUGAGCGAUCAUCACGACGAUCAUCAACUGACCGUGUGGAGAAUGAACAGUCAGAUCGUAUGGUUAGACGAGAAGAUGUCCGAGAUUUUAGAUCAACUGAAUCCAACGUAGCCUUGGUUGAAAGCAAUUCCCAAAUAACUACCUUCUUGGGUCAAAUGGUUAGUUUAAUCGUCACAGUAAUGUUGGUUAAUAAGUCAACUAAAGGUGGUUUUACCAGCAAAGUAAAACAAUUAUUCUCCAACAAGGUAACAGUCCAAUAAUAAUUGCAACAAUUUAAGCUAAAUCGAGGAUGGUAGAGAAAGAUGGAGAGAGGAAAAUAGUUAUUCACAGCUGUUUUUGUUUCUUGUUUUUCUUGAUGAUUGGUAUAGGCAUUACUGUUGUCUAAGGUGUUGCUUUAUUUAUUGCUGUUUAUUUGCUCUUCAUUUAUAAAUCUGUUAAUUGUUAUUAAUUUGAUAGUUUAACUAUUGUUAUAAAGCAAGUUUGUUAAUUUAAGUGUGUAUAUCAUGUUACUUAUUUUGUUCAUGUUGUUUCUCAUUAGUAGAUUCUGGUUGAAAAUUGAAAAUUACCAUUGUACAAUUACAUUGCGUUGAAAAGAAUACAAUUAAACCAUUUUGCUUUCCUCAA